AUGGCUCCCAAGCGCCACGCGGCCUCAACUACCUCCGCGGCAUCCUCCACGCCCACGCCCACACCCGCACUCACAACACCGAAGCUCUCCUCAGGCCCAACAACCCUCAAGACCAAUGCCUCAGCCGCUGAAAUUGCUAGCCAUGUCUGGCAGCAGUAUGCAUCUACAACGCCGCAGCGGACACUCCUCCUAGAUGCCUUCAUGGCGUUCCUGGUUCUUGUUGGUGGAUUGCAGUUUGUGUACUGUGUUGUAGCUGGGAACUAUCCCUUCAAUGCCUUCCUCAGUGGCUUUAGUGCUGCUGUUGGUCAAUUCGUCCUUACGGCAAGUCUGCGCAUGCAAACUAGUGACAGCGGUACUGGUUCUGGAUCAAAGCCGAGCUCUAAGGGGAAGAAUGCGCGCUUUGCAGAUGAGAGUGAAGAACAGGGGACGGGUAUUUCACAUGAGAGGGCCUUCGCCGAUUACAUCUUCGGAAGCUUGAUCCUACACUUUUUCUGUGUCAACUUCAUCAACUGA